AUGACUUCUUCUUCAAAUAAUAUUUUACAAAACUGUUUAAAUAAAACUUCAGUGGUUUUGGCUCAAGUCUCAACAAAUAUGAUUAUUGAUUCACCAACUGUACCUAUACAAAAUGGCCUUGCGUCCAAUGUUUCUCUUGAUGGAUUCCAACAAGUUGAAAAUAAAAAGAACAAGAAGAUCAAACGCAAACUUACGACAUCUGCAGUUAAGAAAAAACGUAUUCAUUACCAAACAAAUACAAGUGUAAAACCUGAUGUACCUUUUAUACCUUCUGUACCCACUCCGAUUCAUGAUAAAAGUUUACUACGUAAGGAAGUUCAACAAGUGGACAGUAUUCAUCAUGUACAAGGUAUUUCACAUGUCCCAAGUACUCAACCAGUUCAAAAUGGUCAAGAAUUACAAGGUAUUCAUCAAUUCUCAGGUGGUCCACAAGCUCAAGGUGCUUCACCUUCAUCUCAUUCACAACAGAUUUCAAUCACUACUGAAUCUACUCGUUAUGCACAAACACGUUACUCCUUUCCCCCAUUUAUCAUCAGGUUCAAUGUUGGUAAAGUUGCAUCGAACCAAAUUAAAGAAGGUUUAACUGAUUAUUGUAAUCUAAAAUAUCAAAUAGAAAUCAACUUCUUAAAUUGUCGUUUAUCAAAUAGAAGUUUCAACAAUGAAUAUGAUUUUCUUCUUUUCUUAAAAGAUGCUUCCUCUUUUUCCUUUCUAUUAGGUCAAAAUCACUGGCCUAUCUCCUUUGGUAAUGAAAAUUAUACUUUUCCAUCUUCUUCUUCUAUUCCACCACAAUUAUCAUUGCUAAUCAAAAAUGUGGAUCGUUCAUUUAGAUUUUAA